AUGGAGGCUUUAAGGGAUCCAGACAUCACCAUCACUCCAGCGAUCAGUGUUGUGCAGAAUCAUGUAAAGACGUCUAGAUCAGAAGAGCGGAUAGCCACAAUCUUCAAAGGCGUACCGAAGGAGCUUUGGCCUCGGUUCAGCGUAUCAGAACACUUCUACUCGAGGGAAGAGGUGGCAAUGGCUCCGCCUAUGCUGAGUCUCCCUCGGGUUCUUAUCCCCAAACGUGGGAGGGAGACUCCACCAUAUCUACACUAUGGCCUUCCUAUCUCUCUCGAAAAAAUGACUUCAUUGGCCAGGUCGCGCGAGCCAAACGUAGAGAUCAUCACCGAGUUUGGCUUUGUCACUUCGCAGGCCAGAGAACUGGCUGCGCAGUGUUUAGCAGAGGAGAUCGGCUGGCCAGUCUAUGUGGAGGGCGUGUUGAACGCGCCUAACACGCCUUUUAUCGUGUGCAUGAUUGAAAGUUACACCAUGGAGGAACGCGGGCGGCUUCAAGACUAUCCCACAUGGGACCACAUUCGCCAGAUACAAAGAACCCUCGAAGUUGAUCCCAACGUUCGACCGCUUUGGUACAUCGCCUCAGCAUAUUACACAUGGCGGUAG